UGCCUUUUCAGGAAAGCUCAUGUGAAGCUCGUGCUGCAUUUUAUUCAGCAUCUCAUUUGACGUUGAAUGCAGUUUUUGCGAUAGGGUAUUUAUCGAAAAGAGAAACUAUUUGCGAAUUUUAAAGAUUGGUAUCAACUUCAGCUAAAUUUGGCGUAGCUUAUUUCUUUUUCUAAGUCUUCGGUGAAGUUCAAGUUUUGUAGGCUAGGUAGUAAAGGCUUAUUUGCGUGGUUAUAAAAAUCCAAAAUGCCGAGACGACGAAACCGUUCUCCCAGAGUUCGGCCAGCACCCGACCCAGCUGGAGAUGCAGUCGUCGAUGACGUGGCGAACCAGGGUGCUCCGCCAUGUGACUGUGAGGACUGCAUGCAGGCUGGAAUAGUCGAGGAACCACUAAAACAGUCAACGCAGAAGAAUAAAAGCUGGAUAUCCAGCCGGCAGUGGCCGUUCAUGGGUGACGACUCGGAUAACCAGGAGUACCGCGGACCGUCGCUGAUGACCAAGGUCUGGCAGGGCCUCUCUCAGCUGCAGUACGGCCUGGCGCAGCAUCCGAUCCUGACCGCAAUGGCCGCCAUCCUCUUCGUCAGGCUCAUGCUUCACGUCUCUGGCUUCAACCUUUGCGUGCUGAAAAUACCGUGAAUGCAAACAACACUGUUGCUUCUGACUAUAGUGUCUGAACUCCAACAUCGUGGCGUGUAAUGAAACAAGUUCUUUUGUCUGUCAUUGUCUUGGGAAAGUCAAUUUUUAGUAAAAUUUUGAUUUAAUAAAUCAUUUAUCGAUG